AUGAGAAUGCCUGUUGUUGCGCCUUGUACAGAACUAUGGUCGACAAAACUCACUGAAGGAUUUUGUACCAUGGCUUUAGCUACUUUGUUCAGGCCAAAAGAACUGAGUUUGAUUGUUGGAUGUGAAGAUGGCUUGGUCAGAAUUUAUGAUGUAUCUGCAAAAUGUCUGAAUUUAAAUUCGCAGACGGUGUUGGAGACAAAGAGUGGACCAAUUCAGUGCCUUAGAGUGCAUGAUAUCACUAAGUUUUAUCACAAUGAUCUGAUAAUCCUUUCUCGGCAGUCUCUGUCAUCAGACAGUAUAAUCUGUGUCACUGUGGUUGAGGAUAACGGUGGAAGCCCUAUUAUUGUGUGUUCAAAUGAUUCUGGUGUCAUCACAUGGGUUCAGCCUACAAAAGAACUCUGGAGAAUCAAUUUAAAUAGUUUAUCAAACAAGAACCCAUCUCAUAUAGUGAAAGUUUCAUGCCUACAGACAGUACAGAUUACAGACUCAACGGGAAACAGAAGACAGUACUUACUUGCAGCAGACAAUUCAAAUAGAAUACAUGUUAUCUGCAAUGGAACAGUUGUAUCAUCCCUCAUGACACCUUCUGUUAUUACUGCAAUGACCCAAGGUCGCUUCGUACCAUCCAGCAAGUUAAGCCUGCCACCAGGAACUUCAUCAUCAGCAUCCGACAGUGAGCAAGUAGCCUUGGGAGCUAGCAAUGGCGCAGUUUAUAUUCUUCACAAUUUUCAUGUAACACUGGAUGAAUUUGUCCAUGCCAAAUGUACAGUCACAAAUCUGUGUACACUACCUCAGUCCGAUAGCAGUACAGAUCUGUUGCUUUGUGCAGGAUACUUCAGUGCUCUGCAUCUGUAUAAGGAUGGUCAGUUAAUAAUGGAAUAUCCUACAAGUGACUGGGUCACUAGCAUUGCAAAAGCUGACAUUGAUGGAGAUGGCACAUUGGAAGUUGUCAUUGGAUGUAAAGACAAUACUGUCGUUGCAUUAAAAUUAUAA